AUGGGCAUCCCAUCCCAGUUCAAGUCCGUCUUCGAAGCCAAGGCAGGCGAAGAGCGCAUCCAAGCCUGGCUGAACCUAGACAAGGACGACGCGGGCAACUUCAAAUUCGGCAACCUCCAGAACUGGAUGGGCGCCCUCAUCCCCUCCAUAUCCCUCCUCUCCACCUCCCUCGCCCCCACCCCGCGCGCCACCUUCGCCUUCACCGUCCUCCCGGAGCACUGCAACCGCGCCGGCAACCUCCACGGCGGCGCCGCCGCCACCCUCUUCGACUCCCUCACCACCAUGCCCCUGGCCCUCGUCAACGACAAGCCGGGCUACUGGCAGUUCCUCGGCGUCUCCCGCACCAUCAACUGCAGCUACCUCCGCCCGGCCCCCAACGGCGAGGAGUGCCUCGUCGAGUGCGAGAUCGUCCAGAUCGGCCGGACGCUGUGCCAGCUCAGGGGUACCCUCACGAGGCGGAGCGACGGGGUGGUGCUGGCUACGUGCGAGCAUCACAAGUUUAACACUGAUCCGCCCGCGAGCAAGUUGUGA